GCCGUGCCCGGGUCCCCUCCUCUCCCGCCGCUCCCGGCCCCGCUCCGCCCCCAGAGUCCGAUGGCGGCGGCCGCGCGGAGGGAGCCGGCUCAGGGAAGUGUGACCUUUGAGGAUGUGGCCCUAUAUUUCUCCUGGGAGGAAUGGGAUCUCCUUGAUGAGGCUCAGAGACGGCUGUACCAUGAUGUGAUGCUGGAGAACUUUGCACUUACAUCUUCGUUGGGAUUUGGAUCCUCCAGGCCCCAUGCAAUGGCUCAGCUGGGCAUAGAGAAAGAGUCCUCUGUGCUUCACAGGAUGGACAUGACUCCAGUAUCAGUGGGAUGGGCUCACAAGGGGCCUGACCCAGGUUGUUGGCAUAGAGUGGAAGAUGGACAUGCACCUUCUGAACAGAGCAUUUGUGUACAAGGAGUGUCACAAGUCAGGACUCUUAAGGCAGGUUCAUCAUCCCAGGAGGCCCAGCCCUUUGAGAUGUGUGGCCCGAUCUUGAGAGACACUUUGCACAUGGCUGAGUACCAGAGAACAUAUCUUAGGCAGAAAACAUACACAUGUGGGAAACAAUUCUGUGUUGCUGCCAACCUUCAACAGGGGCAGCACAUUAGAGAGAAACCCUUCAGAAGUUAUGUGGACAGAGCUUCGUUUAUAAAGAGCUGCACAGUCCAUGUAUCAGGGAAGUCCCUUACAUGUGAGGAGAUUGGGAAGGACUUUUUAGCCAGCAUAGGGUUUAUCUAUCAACAUCUCACUCACACUGGGGAGAAGCCAAACAAUAAUGAGUAUGAGUCUGGCUGUCACAGUGGAAAAAGUCAUCACAACUGGGGAGAAUGCAAGACAGCCUUCAGCUACACAGACACACUUGAGCAGGACCAGAGAGUCCUCACCAGAGAAGGGCUUUAUGAGUGCAGCAAAUGUGGAAAAGCCUGCACCCGAAGAUGUAACCUCAUUCAGCACCAGAAAGUUCACAGUGGAGAAAGGCCUUAUGAAUGCAAUGAAUGUGGAAAAUUUUUUACUUACUACUCCAGCUUCAUUAUACAUCGGAGAGUUCACACUGGAGAAAGGCCUUAUGAGUGUGGUGAAUGUGGGAAAUCCUUUAGCCAAAGCUACAGCCUCAAUAGCCAUAGGAAAGUUCACACUGGAGAAAAGCCUUAUGAGUGCAGGGAAUGUGGAAAAUCUUUUAGCCAAAGGUCCAACCUCAUUCAGCAUCAGAGAGUUCACACUGGAGAAAGGCCUUAUGAGUGCAGUGAAUGUGGGAAAUCCUUUAGCCAAAACUUCAGCCUCAUUUACCACCAGAGAGUUCAUACUGGAGAAAGGCCUCAUCAUUGCAGUGAAUGUGGAAAAUCCUUUAGCCGAAGCUCCAGCCUCAUUCACCACAGGAGACUACACACUGGAGAAAGGCCUUAUGAGUGCAGUAAAUGCGGGAAAUCCUUUAAGCAAAGCUCCAGCUUCAGUUCACAUCGGAAAGUCCACACAGGAGAAAGGCCUUAUGAGUGUGGGGAAUGUGGAAAAUCCUUUAGCCAUAGCUCUAACCUCAAGAACCACUGGAGAGUCCACACUGGAGAAAGACCUAUUGAGUGCAGUGAAUGUGGGAAAUCUUUUAGCUGCAAAUCUAACCUUGUUAAACACCUGAGAGUUCACACUGGAGAAAGGCCUUAUGAGUGUGGGGAAUGUGGAAAAUCCUUUAGCCAAAGCUCCAGCCUCGUUCAACACCGGAGAGUUCACACUGGAAAAAGGCGUUAUGAGUGCAGUGAAUGUGGGAAAUCCUUUAGCUGCAAAUCUGACCUCAUUCUACACCAGAGACUUCACACUGGAGAAAAGCUUUAGAUGUACAGAGGAUGUGCAGUUUCCUUUUAAUAUAAUUAC